AUGCAUGAGAGCCAGUGGAGCCAGUCGCGGCGGACGUGUGACGUCACGCCGGGCAGGUAUGGCGGACGGCCGUACACUGGGUGCGCCUCGCCCGACCGACAGAAUCUUCUACGAGGGAGCUGGAGCGCUUCGGAUCCCGAAUGCACCACAUCCCAGCAGCAGUCGGGCUUCCCCGGAUCGAGUCUGGCGCCGCGCUCCGACCCGUCCACCUGGCUGGACAACCUGAACUCGCCCCUCAUACAGGACGAGGGCGAUCAGAAGCAGCUGAAACUGCGUUUCGAUGUUAGCCAGUACAAGCCCGAGGAGAUUGUCGUCAAAACCGUCGACAACAAGCUCCUGGUGCACGCCAAGCACGAGGAGAAGUCAGACAGUCGCAGCGUCUACCGCGAGUACAACCGCGAGUUCCUGCUGCCGCAGGGCUCCAACCCGGAGAUGAUCAAGUCGUCGCUCUCCAAGGACGGCAUCCUGACGGUGGAGGCGCCGCUGCCGGCGCUCGAGGGCGGCAGCGGCCACAUCCCCAUCACUCACCAGUAGCUGCCCCGCCGCCGCCGCCGCCGCCGCAGUGCUGCCGCCUACCGGCGCCGUGUCGAAUCUCGUGCGGCUGCUGCGCCCCGCCCACCUCAGGUGCCAUAUACCGGCCGCGCCGGGCGGCCGGGCGCCGCGCGCUGCAGCCCGCCGCAAGCGAGACAGACCCCUGCACCCCCGCCGCGCGUCUCCCGGCUUCAAACGGACUUAAAUCCGAAUUUCAUUGUAGCACAAUGUGAUAGUGAAAUGUGUACGUUUAAUAAUUUAUUAAAACACAAAAUGUCGUUUUAUCGUUCACGCGGAGUGGGCCCGGCUCCUUGUCGCUGAUGUAUGUGAAUACGAAUACGAACGUCGACA